GAGAGCAGAGCAGAGAGCAAAAGAAAGAGAAGAGCAAAGAGAAAAGCAGAGAGAAGAGCAGAGAGAAAAGGAAAGAGAAGAGCAGAGAGCAAAGGAAAGAGAUCAUCGACGAGAUCAAGAGAGUCGAAAGAAAAUUGCACGAGAAAGCCAUGAGUCUCGUGAAAGAAAAUCGGACAUUCGGAUGAAGCCUGAUUCAUCUUGUUCUCCGAACAUCAGUAGCACAAUCAACAAAUCUGAAACCGGACAAGACAACGACAGCCUCCAUGAACCCCUCCUUGUUACCGGACAGGGAGGUUUACUUCCUUUAACAGAAAUCCAGCUCCAGGAAUUAGCAAAGCCAGAUAAUUGUGUUCAAUUUAUUGGAAAGUUGCUUCUUGCCUCAUAUCCUGAGGGUUACUUUUUGAUAAAGGAAAAUUCCUUUGCUGUUGCUGUAACUUCCUAUCACAUGGAUGCCCUCUACAGGAUUGUUUCCAGUAAAUACAAAGAAAUAAAACGGCGUGGUCGUCCCUCUCAAAACCUUACAAAGGAAGAAAUGUCUUUGGUUAUUCGUAAUAAGGUCAUUAAAUUCAGAACAGUGAAUCGUCAUCUGAUACAGUAACCCUUCCCAUUUUUUAAUUUACUUGAACUAUUUAUCGUUAAUCUGUUCAGUAAUCAUUAAGUUUGUUUCGUCUGUGCGAACAGUGAGUUUCAGAAUCAGGACAGGUUAAUACAUCAAACUUAUAAAAAAAAUCUCAAUUGCUUUC